UUGAGUUUCCGUCACUUAUUUUCUAAAUUUAAAUUUUAUCCAAUUAUAGAUAGCUUUACAAAGUAUGCGAUUACUAAUGCUCAACAACCCUCCUCGUCCGUUCGGCCGGCGACUCCUCUUGGUCCUCCCGCACAUUACCCACAAAUCCUCUCCUCAUCCCCUCUUUCGCCUCAUUGCAGUAGUAGUGGCGCUUCAGAUACGAUCUCGGUGUGCAUCUCUGAUCCUGAUCAUGACAGUGAUAAAAUGUCCGUAUUAUCAGAAGCAGACUCUGGUGUUGUGUGUAGUCGAAGUGAGGAAUUAUCCCUUUUUAUCUCCUUUUCAAAAUUUUCUGAAAAAAUCUGCAAAAUUUUCUCAGCAUCCCGACCAUCUUCUAUAGUUGGCCCACCCAUUCCACGAAUACCCAGUAUUUUAACCCCAUCAACAACUUCCCGACCAUCUUCUAUAGUUGGCCCACCCAUUCCACGAAUACCCAGUAUUUUAACCCCAUCAACAAGUGGGGUUAUUAUUUCUUGUGGUGUUUGUCAAAAACCGUCAUAUUAUGCUGAUGAAGUGGCUAUCUCAAAUGCUCCAACGAAUAUGGCAAUACAAAAUCUCUGUGAGGAGAAUAUCAAGCCAGCUACGGUGUACUGUGAACAAUGUGAUAUAUACUAUUGCCAACCUUGCCAAGUAGCCUUGCACCCAGCACGAGGGCCAUUGGCCAAACACUCGUUGGUCAGCGCAUCUCAAAGGCAAGUUUUUUUGAAACUUUUCUCAUAGUU